AUGAAAGCCUCCUCCAGUUCCAGGCAGCAGCAGAGCAAGAAGCAAGUCCAGCUUCAGCAGAGAGCAUGCAGGGCUCUGUGUUGCAGCUGCAGGCUUAGUGUGUCUUCAUCCAAUUCAGAGGAGGUAGAAAGCUCAAGCUCUGAUAGGUACCCUUCCAUAUCAAGCCUGUCACAUGCCAUGGUUCAAGAGAGAUUGGACCAAAUGAUUAGAGAGAGGCAGGAGGCCUCAAGACAUGUUGUAGAUUGUCAAAAAAAAAAGCAGAGAGCAGGUGAUCAUCAUCAACUUCAAGCAGGAGGAGGAACUAAAUUCAUUGUGAUGGUUGCCAUGGAAAAGUGCUCUUACGAUCCAAGAGAGGAUUUCAGGGAGUCCGUGGCGGAGAUGAUAAUGGCGAACCGGAUUGAAGAGCCCAAGGAUCUUCGCAGCCUCUUGAAUUAUUAUGUUUCCAUGAAUUCGGAGGAGUAUCAUGGGAUUAUACUCGAGGUGUUUCAUGAAGUUUGCUCUGAUUUAUUCUUCUGUAAAUUCCAUUAAUUGAUGGCCACAGUGCUAAUUAUUUGAGCAUACAAAUGAAAUGAGGAUUAUGGGAUGAUAUUGAAGAGUUUGUCA